CGUGAGGUCGCUUUAGUCGGGUUUCUGCGCUUGCCGGAGUUGGGUGUGCGUCGUUCGACUCUUUAAGUUUUCGUAUGAGUAGUUUUAAAUAAUUUAAAUAUAUAUAUAUUAAUAGUAUUGUUAUUAUUUUAAUUAGUUAUUUAGGAAGUGUCAGUCUGAAAAGUGUGUUGCAGUAUUUGUUUAGUGCGUUUGAAUAUCUAUUACAUUGUAGUAAAUUGUGUAAAAAUAAGAUAAUCCUGUCAUUCCAGACACCAUGGCUAAAACAGAGAAGUCAUUUCCAAGAAACUUCACGGGUUGUCUAACAUGCGUCCAAGUUCUGAACAUGAUGGUCCUGCUCGGGUUCAUGUUGAACUACGCCUUACGUGUGAACCUCACAAUUGCCGUGGUGGAAAUGAUAUAUGGAGACAAAGACAACCACACAGCUGUCUUGAACAUCACGCACGAUUCGCUCAAUGUUACACAGCACCCAGAAGCAAUACAGCAAACGCGCUACCACUGGGACACGAAGCAGAAGAACCUCCUGCUCGGCUGCUUCUUCUGGGGCUACGUGCUCACAGAGCUGCCAGGAGGACGGCUUGCAGAGAUCAUCGGUGCCAGGCGAGUUUUCGGCUACAGCACACUUCUAGCCAGCAUCAUCACGCUUCUAACUCCAGCAGCUGCAGCCCUAGGGUUCGGAUGGGCCGUGGCUUCCAGGGUAGUCCUAGGCUUUCUGCUCGGAGCUACGUGGCCGGCCAUCUUGCCCAUGGCGUCGAAGUGGAUCCCACCGAUGGAUAGAUCUAAAUUCAUGUCUAACAUGAUGGCUUCGUCGUUGGGAGCGGCCAUUACGAUGCCGAUCUGCGGUUUCCUCAUCGCGCACUUCGGUUGGGAGUCCGCGUUUUAUUUCACUGGUAUAAUCGGCCUGAUGUGGUCGGUGGCUUGGUUCGCGGUGGUGUACGACACUCCUGCGCAGCACCCUCGCAUUUCGGAAACUGAACUCCACUACCUGAUGAAGGCACUUCCCCAGGAGGACCCAAACAAGGGGCACAUGCCAGUCCCGUGGCGCAGUAUCCUGACCUCUCUACCCGUAUGGGCCAUCAUCAUAACACAUGGAGCUUCAGUCUUCGGCUACUUCACUGUCGUCAACCAGCUUCCGACCUACAUUGAGAGCAUACUGCAUUACAGCAUCAAACACAAUGGUCUACUGUCGUCCCUGCCGUACCUGGGCAAGUACCUGUGCGCGCUGGCAUCGUCAGUCCUGGCUGACAGCCUGCGAAGAAGCGGCAAGCUGUCCACCACACACGCGAGGAAACUCUUCACGGGUCUCGCUGUCGGCUUGCCAGGUCUGUUGAUGCUGGCCGAGGCUUUCUUCGGCGAAGACCGCAUCUGGUCCAUUGCUAUCUUUACAAUGGCUCUCACCAUCAACGGCGCGGUGACUGCCGGCUAUCUGGGCAACGGGUUGGACAUCGCGCCCAAUUUCAGUGGUACGAUAUUCGGCAUGGCCAACACGUUGUCUUCGUUCGGAGGCUGGCUGUCUACAUUCAUGGUCGGGGAACUUACCAAAGACAAUAAUACGUCCUCCCAAUGGCAGAUAAUAUUCUUCAUCCUCGCGGGCACGUACCUGAGCGGCGCGCUGUGGUUCGUGUCGCUGGGCGCCGGGGAGCCGCAGCCGUGGAACGCGCGCGCGGUCAAGGCCGAGGAAAAACCGCUCAACGAGGAAAAGGCCUAAAUUUGGUAAACAGUCGGAUCGUCAAUAUUCAAAAAUGUUUAUUUUUUACACUUUUCUUUCUAUGACUAAACAUUUGGAAAUACCAUGAAAGUUGACAAUAGAGAUGGGUUUAUUUGGUGGCCAUUUUUAUAGCAUAGUGAGCAAAUGGUUGCCUGAUGGUAAGCAAACACCGCAGCCCGUGGACACCAGCAAUCGUUGGGUCGUGAUUUGCCAAAUCGAUUAUAUAUGUCUCACACAAUCACACCGAUAUAAAUUCACUUUACGUUAUUUUUUGCCAUAUAUUUAAAGAUUGUGUUUCUUUGGAAUUUUAAUUAUCAAUGUUUUUUUACCAGUCGUGCUUUCUCUGUUAUGAAAAGAAAAACAUGUUUCUAAUGUGUUUUUUAUUUUAUUAGUUCCAGUUCGGACAACACGCGAGUUGAAAUAUUUGCUAAAAUUUGAUUUAUACGGCAAUUAGACAUUAAUCACGAAUAUUACAGAACACAAUUCACAGUCUUUUUCAUAAUUAUUAAUUACCAAUAUUACCGAAAAGAAUUACAACAGAAUAUCAUAUUAGAAAUUGAAAGUGGUAAUCUAUAAAAUGAAAGAGCAACUUAUAGUUUUUUUUUGGGUGAAAUUAUAGUUGAUUGAUGUAAAUAAUUAGACAAACACGGAAUGAGUACGCAAUGCGUACGCACCACGAUGAUACGGAAUUUGAACGCAAGUAGCGUGGCGCAUGCGUUAACAUUUCAUACAGUUUGCACGUGCCUUUAGUUGGCGGUCCGACUACCACAUAACACAAAUUAGUUCAUAUUAAAAAAAUAUUAAGAGUAAUUUUCUAAGAAGAAUAUUCUUCAUAUUUCGUCAGAGAUUUCGAUUAGUGUUUUAAUUUAUUUUUAAAAUUCUGAAUCAAACUCUGACUUAAAUUUAACUUAACAAAUAUUUGCUUAUAUACAAAAGCGCUGUUGAUUUAAGAACAUUUAAGAAAAAUAUAAAUCUUUUUUUUUAUAGAAAAAAGUAACAUAGUCAAUAUUUGUUAAGUUAAAGAACAAAAUAAAAUAAAUAAAUAAAAAAAAACUCAAAAAAAGGCUGUUAUCAUAAUGAUUGUGAUGUAUUUAUAAAACGUCGGCGCGCAAAUGGUUCAUGAUUGAAGUCGGAAACCCGACUCGCUGUUUUUAGAUAAGUAUUUAAACUUCAAGAUGUACUCUACCGGAAAUUGAAGACUUAAAUUUUCUUAUUAUUUUACUUAACAAUAAUAGGCGAAAGUGCAUGUCGUUUACCUUUUGACAUGUUUAGAUAUGUAAUAACGUAAUUUUGAUAGGUAUGUCUUUUUAUUCAAACGACAUAGGUAUACUUAAAUUAAUUUUUGCACAUUACAAAUUCACUUAGAAUUGUGUGAAGAUUCAGAUUUUUAAUUAACUUGUGCAUUUCAAAUUGAUCAAUCAAUAUUUCAAAGAUAUGUUAAAAUUGUGUUCGUUUACUUGAAUACCUAAAAGCAUUUUAUAAUUACACUUCAAUGCCAUAUCGUCAGCUGUUUAAUGUCAAAAUUGUCAAAUGAGAAUCAAAAUGGCGGACUUCUCACAUGUGGAAAAAUGUCUUCUACUUCUGGUGGCGUAAGUUUUGUUGCCUUAGCUUUUGGUGUUGCCAUGCUAGCAUAUGGGUCGUUUUGGGUCCCUUACUGAUUAAAAAAAGCCAUAGACACAUUGUUAAAUUUGUAAAGUAGGUAUAUGUGAUAUUAUACCAUUUUCUCCAAACAAAAAAAUAAAGUAUAUGACUCAUCCGAUUUUCAGUCCAGUAUUGUAUAAUCUCUUCUCGAGUCAAUAAUUCUUUAAUCUUUUCCAAUACAUUAUGAAAGUUACAGCAAUAAUAUUGGGUAAAGAAUUUAAUAACAUACUGCCCUUACUUUUUGUCACAUAAUGUUGUCAUAUACCAUUGUAUAUGUCCUAUGGAUCCUAUGUAAUGCGCAAGAUAUGUUCCUAUAUGCUUAGCAAAUCGUACUGAUAGUUAAGAUAUAGUGUGAUUUUGAUAGUUAUUCUGGGACCAAGUUUAAGGACGACAAACCAGCGGUCGUGUGUAUAAGAACCACAAUUUUUGUAGAAAUUAUCAUAUUUUUAUUCGAAAAAAUAUAAUUAAUUGGUCGAACAUUUAUUCACUACUAAGGAUUUUAUUUCCGAAGAGGUCUUUUGGUACAUCUUGAUGUAAUGAAUGAUGAAUUAAAAAAAAAAUGGUACACAUAUGGUAACACUGCAUUUAUUUGUUAUAACCAAAAUAAAAUUUACAUAAACCGGAGUUAGAAUCUGUAUUUUGCUUUGGCAUUAGUAAAUUAUUUUUUACUAUGGUUUCUUAUACAUGCGAACAUUAACUAUACGAUCAUGAUAAACAAUAAGUAUUUUAUUUAAGUAUCAAUUUAUUUUUUUUUCUAUAUCGUUGAGGAGUUUAGGAAAUUCAAGGCCUUUCUUGACCAGUGCUUCGCGAACCAUAGACAAGCCCCCAGUAUUUUACCGUAAGAAAUAGAUUAUAAGAUAGCCAUGUUUGCAAUUAGCUUUACAAUGGACAAUGCAUCGCGUUUUUGUGCAUUUCGUCAGCUGUGAUAGAGGCUUGUCUAUGGUCGAUUUAUUUGCAUUCAAUAGGGCUUUAUGAUGCCAUCUAUUAUGCAAUUUUGGGACAUUAUAUAUUUUUUUAUUAUCUUCUGUUUGUACAGUCGGAGGCAGAUAAGCCGACUUAUGUUAGUAAGUCGUAGGUUAGUUUUAGUGUUCAACUGUACAACAUAAUUACUACCAUGAGUAUGUUUUUAAUGUCGUAAAAUGAAUUUCCAUUAAGUGAAAUAGAUAGAUUUUAUAGAUAUGUAGUAAAAUUAUCAGCAUUUAUUGAACUCGAAACAACAAUCUUACCUAAAAUUGAUAAAGCUCUUGAUAUUGCUCUCCAAUUUCGAAAAUACAUCUGAAAUGGCUAUUCGUAGUUGCUAUAUUACAAUCAGUAUUCGUACGUUUUUAGACGAACGUUAGUCCACAGAACAUUUGUCUUUCCAACGAUUGCAGGGUAAAUAAAUAUAUUCAACAUCCAAUAUAUAAGUUGUCUGUGGAGUUAACGUCAAAGAAUCCAUGUUGAUUUAAUUAACAUAUCUCGGACAGAACAUAUUUCAGCUAAUUUAAAGUUAAACUUGUUCUAGCAAGUUAUGACACGAGUUUAAUAUUCAAAAAUUUUCUUGAUAAAUUUUCCUUAUUUUCGUUUUUAAUAAAUGUAAUAAAUGUAAAUUUAUCAAAAUUUUUCGUUGGACUAAUAUUCGCGUCUGAAUUAUAAAUAUUGAGAUAUGUUUAAAUUAAUUUUAAAAUUCAAAUUUCAGUUAUAACUUUCAUGGAAACUAUUUCAGACCAUUUCAUUUAUACUUUUGUAUGAUUUUGUAAUCACAAAUUCAGAAUCAUAGCUUCAAAAUGAAUACAAAAGAAUAAAGGACAUUUAAAAUUUAUUUAGUAAUAUUUUAAGGAAAAGACGUGUGCCUUAUGUAUUCAACACACGUCUUUUACCAGCAACUGCUUGCAAAAAAAAGAUUUUUUUACGUUAAAAUCUCUAUAUUGUAGCAGUUUUAUUUAUAAUAUUUAAGUAGAAAAUGUAAUUAAUUUUAUUAAUUUAACUGUUUGUUUAGAAACAUGUAUAAUGUUCAUGUUUGUAAUUUCUUUUGUGUUUUGAGAAUGUGUUCGAUGUUAUAAGUCUAACCCUAACCAAGUACUUCAAAUUUAAAAAUAAUUCCUUAAAAAAAUGCGCCAUUUUUAAUGUCACAAGAGAUUUUCAUACUAAUUGAUUCAAAAUGAUUUUUGAAAUUCCUUGUCAAAUCAGUAUAUAGCACGAUGCAGUAUACAGAUGAUUGCAUAUUCGCCUCAUAUUUUAUUUUCACAUUAAAUUUUAUUAGCAAUAAAUAAGAUGUUAACCGGCGAUUUUUACUGGAAUCGUUGACGACUGCAUCAUGUGUGUAUGCAUGAAGUGUGUGUAUGAAUGAAUUCGUAAUUGUAUUUAUCAUAAUAUUAAUGCAUGAAGAUAUAAGUAACAAUUUGUUAACGUCUCUAUGACUGUCCUUUUGUGAGCCAUUAUUUUUUUUGAAAAUAAAGUUUUUAUGAAAAAUA